GUGAAUUUCCGCUCACUAUCCCCACGCUGUAGCGUUUAUCAAGCUACAUUCAGUGGGCACAAUAUUGUAAGGAAAUUAGCGAAUCCUUUAGCAAAAUGAGGCCUUUAACAGACGACGAGACAAAAACGAUGUUUGAGAAACUCUCCAAAUACAUUGGUGAGAACAUCAAACACCUGGUGGAUCGACCCGAUGGGACAUAUUGCUUCAGACUUCACAAUGACCGUGUAUAUUACAUCAGUGAGACAAUUCUGAAGUUGGCUACCAACAUCUCCCGUGAUAAGUUGGUGUCGGUGGGCACCUGCUUUGGGAAGUUCACCAAGACCAUUAAGUUCCGCCUGCACAUCACAGCACUGGACUUUCUGGCACCAUAUGCCAAGUUCAAGGUGUGGGUUAAGCCUGGGCAGGAGCAGUCCUUCCUCUAUGGGAACCAUGUGUUGAAGUCUGGUCUGGGGAGGAUCACAGAGAACACCAACCAAUACCAGGGUGUGGUGGUGUAUUCCAUGGCAGACGUACCGCUGGGUUUUGGAGUGGCAGCCAAGUCCACCCAGGAGUGCAGGAGAGUGGACCCCAUGUCCAUCGUUGUGUUCCACCAGGCAGACAUCGGAGAGUUCAUCAGGUCUGAGGACACGCUCACAUAAGGAGUCGUCAAACUGGACUAUCAAUUAUACAGUAGUACUCCCUCUCCUCGGGGACCACCCUACAAACUGGACUAUCAAUUAUACACAGUAGUACUCCCUCUCCUCGGGGACCACCCUACAAACUGGACUAUCAAUUAUACACAGUAGUACUUCCUCUCCUCGGGGACCACCCUACAAACUGGACUAUCAAUUAUACACAGUAGUACUUCCUCUCCUCGGGGACCACCCUAGAGGGUUGGGAGGUACAGCUAUGUGACACGUCUGAUGGUCCCUGAGAGGUUUGGGGAGACCCUGGUCUUCAGGAUAUGAUUGUGUAUUUCCCUCUAAUUUACCAAGGGGCCAGUGACUGUCUGGAGAGUUUCAUCAAGCUGUCAGCUACCCAACAUCCCUGUCACUAUGGCUGAGUGAUUUACAGUUAGCUACCAACAUCCCUGUCACUAUGGCUGAGUGAUUUACAGUUAGCUACCCAACAUCCCUGUCACUAUGGCUGAGUGAUUUACAGUUAGCUACCCAACAUCCCUGUCACUAUGGCUGAGUGAUUUACAUUCAUCUACCCAACAUCCCUGUCACUAUGGCUGAGUGAUUUACAGUUAGCUACCAACAUCCCUGUCACUAUGGCUGAGUGAUUUACAGUUAGCUACCCAACAUCCCUGUCACUAUGGCUGAGUGAUUUACAGUUAGCUACCCAACAUCCCUGUCACUAUGGCUGAGUGAUUUACAGUUAGCUACCCAACAUCCCUGUCACUAUGGCUGAGUGAUUUACAUUCAUCUACCCAACAUCCCUGUCACUAUGGCUGAGUGAUUUACAUUCAUCUACCCAACAUCCCUCACUAUGGCUGAGUGAUUUACAUUCAUCUACCCAACAUCCCUGUCACUAUGGCUGAGUGAUUUACAGUUAGCUACCCAACAUCCCUGUCACUAUGGCUGAGUGAUUUACAGUUAGCUACCCAACAUCCCUGUCACUAUGGCUGAGUGAUUUACAGUUAGCUACCCAACAUCCCUGUCACUAUGGCUGAGUGAUUUACAGUUAGCUACCCAACAUCCCUGUCACUAUGGCUGAGUGAUUUACAGUUAGCUACCCAACAUCCCUGUCACUAUGGCUGAGUGAUUUACAGUUAGCUACCCAACAUCCCUGUCACUAUGGCUGAGUGAUUUACAGUUAGCUACCCAACAUCCCUGUCACUAUGGCUGAGUGAUUUACAGUUAGCUACCCAACAUCCCUGUCACUAUGGCUGAGUGAUUUACAGUUAGCUACCCAACAUCCCUGUCACUAUGGCUGAGUGAUUUACAGUUAGCUACCCAACAUCCCUGUCACUAUGGCUGAGUGAUUUACAGUUAGCUACCCAACAUCCCUGUCACUAUGGCUGAGUGAUUUACAGUUAGCUACCCAACAUCCCUGUCACUAUGGCUGAGUGAUUUACAGUUAGCUACCCAACAUCCCUGUCACUAUGGCUGAGUGAUUUACAGUUAGCUACCCAACAUCCCUGUCACUAUGGCUGAGUGAUUUACAUUCAUCUACCCAACAUCCCUGUCACUAUGGCUGAGUGAUUUACAGUUAGCUACCCAACAUCCCUGUCACUAUGGCUGAGUGAUUUACAGUUAGCUACCCAACAUCCCUGUCACUAUGGCUGAGUGAUUUACAGUUAGCUACCCAACAUCCCUGUCACUAUGGCUGAGUGAUUUACAGUUAGCUACCCAACAUCCCUGUCACUAUGGCUGAGUGAUUUACAGUUAGCUACCCAACAUCCCUCACUAUGGCUGAGUGAUUUACAGUUAGCUACCCAACAUCCCUGUCACUAUGGCUGAGUGAUUUACAGUUAGCUACCCAACAUCCCUGUCACUAUGGCUGAGUGAUUUACAGUUAGCUACCAACAUCCCUGUCACUAUGGCUGAGUGAUUUACAGUUAGCUACCCAACAUCCCUGUCACUAUGAAUGUAAAUCACUCAGCCAAUCUAAAUAAAUGUUUUUGUAAAAUGAAUAUUUGAGGUUUUAUGUAGUAUGGUUCUCUGGUCUAAGCGAUUUGCAUAAAUAUGAUUAUGCAGUUAAUUCCAUGAGCAUAACAUUAAAACUGUUUUGAUAUA